AUGCCCAUAACUCAACGUGCCGUCGUUAUCCAAGAGCCUAAAUUGGCCAGACUAGUUCAUGAUCGUCGGAUCCCGAAACUCCGUGAUGAUUAUAUUCUUGUCAAAACAAUAGCUGUGGGUCUGAAUCCUACUGAUUGGAAGCAAAUUGACUUAUCGAAUUGUCGAAGAGGUGGGCUCCAAGGUUACGAAGCCACUCAAGAUAGGGGGCAGAAUAUGUGGUAUGGCACAUGGUUCCAACGCGUUCCAACACGAAGGCGGUACCUUUGCCGAGCAUAUUGUGGUGAAGGGAGAUAUCCAGAUCGGAAUUUUGACAACAUCAAUUGCGAGCAGGCGGCUACUCUAGGUAUUGGUAUCGCGGCGGUCAGCCAGGGCUUGUACGAAGGACUGAGUCUGACGAUACCAACCGACUCAGUAAAGACGGCAGAGCCAAUAUUGGUUUAUGGUGGAAGUACUGCAACCGGUGCCUUGGGGAUUCAGUUCGCUAAUGGCCAGUAA